GAUAUAAUAAAGCUCUUACAACUGCUAUACUGUUAGCUCGGCAUUGAGUACAGGUUUUCUCCCUACUAUGAGUUCGACAUUCACGUAGCGAGUAGCAAGAGCAAGAAUAAUCUAGUGACACCCGCGUCAUCCCUGCUUUCCCGUCCGCGUUGGGUCCCCGCCGAAGGACCGUUUCCUCGUCACAACAACGUUGGACACUUGCGUUGCAAGAUCCGCAGGCAUAUCUGUACUAACUGCUUGAGCUUUUCCGCGUAUCUUCGAAGUCCUCUGUGUCAUAUCUGCGGGCCGAUAUACCCGUGAACAGUCAAUAUGGAUACCCUACUAACAGCAGAAAUCAUGGCGAACUCGCCCAGAUUUCGUAGACGUUCCAGUACCAUGAUUGACGGAAUCCACGACUUGCCGGAAAAGGAAGAAAUGGCACCCGCGCAGUUGUACAGUACAGAGUCCGGACGUCUAUUUCAUUCCGGCAGAAUUGCAAUUGCCACAGUCGGCCUUCCUGCUCGCGGAAAGACUCACGUCUCUGUCGCGUUAGCUCGUUACUUGAGAUGGCUUGGGGUGAAGACUCACGUGUUCCAUCUGGGUGACUAUCGACGUGCAACUCUGGGCCCUGGGAAAGAUGUUCCAGACGACUACUUCUUCACAAACGCUUCCCCUUCGUCUGUACUCCUACGCAACAAGAUCCUCAAGAAAUGUAGAGAGGAUAUCUACCGCUUUCUGGAACACGAAAACGGCCAGGUAGCCAUCUAUGAUGCUGUCAAUGCCAUGUCUAUCGGACGCAGAUCGCUCGCCAAGGAAUUUGCAAAGCGCAACAUCCAGACCAUAUUCAUCGAGUCUAUGUGUACUGACGAGAAAAUCAUCGAGGAAAAUGUCCGGAGCGUCAAGAUUUCGUCCCCAGAUUAUGUAGGAUGGUCUGAUGAAGAUGCUAUCAAAGACUAUCUGCAGAGAAUAUCGAGCAGGAUACCGCACUUUGAGACCAUGGAAGAACCAGACCUUCAUUGGAUCAAGAUGAUCAACGCCGGUGAACGUGUAAUGCUAAACAACUGUGCAUUCGGUUAUUUAUCACAACGAAUAGUCUUCUACCUACUGAAUCUACACAUCAAAUCCAGGCAAACAUACUUUGCACGAGCCGGCACAACCAAAGAAGAAGACUCGUACAAGGCCGACGGCUCUCUCUCAGAAGAAGGCAAAGACUUUUCGCGAAAAAUGACCACCGCCCUCCUCGAGCACCGCGAGCAAGAACACAAAACCCUAAUCGCCCAAGGCAACCCGGACGCUGUCCUCAAGCCCCUAACCAUAUGGACAUCCACACGCCGACGCUCCGCAGAAACAGCCGCACCCCUCGAGCAGCGCGGCUACCGCGUACGCCAGCGCUCCCAAAUGAGCCAGAUGAACCCCGGUGUAUGCGAGAAGCUCUCCGAAGCGAAGAUCCGCCUCGAAUACCCCGACGAAGUAACAAAGCAUGAAGCCGAUCCGUACCACCAUCGAUACCCACGCGCAGAAUCCUAUCACGACCUCGCUGUCCGCAUGGAACCAAUCAUCCUCGAGCUCGAGCGCGAGCAGAACGACCUCCUCAUCGUCGCACACGAAUCCGUACUUCGCGUCUUGUACGGCUAUCUCAUGGCUUGUAAUGCCGCAGACAUUCCCAAACUGCAAUUUCCCCGUGAUGAAAUCAUCGAGAUUAUACCAUCAAGCUACAACAACGUCGCCAAACGCAUAAAGAUCCCGGGCAUCUCGUCUAACCUGAUCCCGAGCAGCCCUGAAGGUAUCUCCAUUCCAGUGCCACCGAGCGGGUAUGUAACGCCGAUGACGGGCACCAAUUCGCCUCAUCGAGGCUCUGGAAGCGGAACGCCG